AUGUCGAAACGAACCCUCCACGCCUUUUUCAAACCAUCAUCAUCACCACAAGCAAAGAAAUCACGCACAGACACAACCAGCAUCCAUCCCACAUAUCCAUUCCCCAUCGCAGCUCUCGACAGCUCUCUAUCCACCUCAUUAUCACUCGACACCCCAUCAAACCCACCGAAACACAUCAACAACCAGCCCCAUCUCGACCUGCUCUACUUCCAACCCUACAUUCCGCACAGGACUGCGCAACAGCUUUUCCUCUUCUUAAGACGAAAUCUACCCUUCUACCGUGUGAAAUAUACUAUUCGUCGCGGAUCCACUGAAACAAUCAUCAACACGCCUCGCUUCACAACUGUAUUCGGCGUUGAUGAGACGUCUUACUUCGCUUUGCCAGCGGAUGUAUCAAAUACAAAUACAAACACCACCGAGCGAAUUCUAAUAGAUAGAAAAACAAAAACGCCCAUCUCCAGGAACAAAUAUAAAUGUACACCGCGACCAAUACCCUCGUGUCUCGAAACGGUGCGCAAACAAAUCGAAUCCGUCUGCGGCGCAACGUUUAAUUUCUGUCUGAUUAAUUAUUACGCUUCGGGCGAGGAUAGUAUUUCGUAUCAUUCGGAUGAUGAGCGGUUCUUGGGACCAGAGCCCACUAUUGCAUCGUUGUCGUUGGGUGCGAGGAGGGAUUUUCUCAUGAGGCAUAAGCCUUUUCAGUCUGGUGGUGAGAGGGGUACGUUGAAGCUUCCGCUCGGGUCGGGAGAUAUGGUGGUUAUGAGAGGUGAGACGCAGGCGAAUUGGCUACAUUCUAUACCGAAGCGGAAAGCGGGAGGGGAGGCGGACCGAGGGAGGAUCAACAUUACGUUUAGAAAGGCGGUCGUGCCGGGUGGGACGGAGAAUUAUUAUCGGUAUAAUGUGGGGGAUGGGGAGGUGUAUAGAUGGGAUGAAGAAAGGGGGGAGAUGGUGAAAUGGAAGGGGUAG